UAACCGAUAAAAUGAAUGUUCACAAAUAAGUUUGUAAAAGUAAUAAAUCUAUAGACAUUAAAGUCAGUAAUUACUAAUUGAUUGAUUGUGUGCGAUUACGAUAAAAGCCGAAUUAAGUUUGUCAAUGAUGAGCGAUGUUGACGAAACUAAAGUCGAACUUCCCCCUCUUAGUUUCGAAAAAUGUCCAGAAAGCGAAGAAGAGCGCACAAAGCGAUUGGCAAUUGAAGAACUCAUUGCCAAGUGCCCGGAGAACCGCAUUCCACUCGCAGCACUGCGCCAGCUGGCACUUAGCAAUUUUGGACUGGUGAACGAUGACCUCAGACGAAUUCUGUGGCCACAGUUGGCGGGUGUCGAUGUUAAGGAUUUGGAGCGAGCUCCGACUCUCGAUGAAUUACAAAGCCACCCGGAAUACCAUCAAGUUGUACUUGAUGUAAAUCGGUCACUGAAGCGCUUUCCGCCAGGCAUUCCAUACGAGCAACGUAUAGCAUUGCAGGACCAGCUGACAGUUCUUAUACUGCGAGUGAUUAAAAAGUACCCAAAUUUGCGCUAUUAUCAAGGGUAUCACGAUGUGGCAGUAACAUUUCUGUUGGUCGCUGGCGAAGAAGUUGCCUUCGCCAUAAUGGAACAUCUCUCUACAACGCACUUCUCCGAAUGUAUGCAGGAAACAAUGGAAGCGACCCAGAGACGACUUAUGUUUAUUUGGCCCGUGGUCCUCUUCGAACAGCCUGAACUUUUUCACUUCCUACAACGUUCCACAGUUGGCACGUUGUUCGCCUUGCCGUGGUAUUUGACCUGGUUCGGACACAGCUUGAAUUCCUACAAAGCGGUCGUGCGAUUGUACGAUUAUUUUCUAGCUUCACCCAUGUAUACACCUAUUUUUGUUACUGCCGCAAUUCUAUUGCAUAGGGCGAAUGUUAUUCUACAAGAGGACUGUGAUAUGGCAUCAGUGCAUUGUCUCUUAUCAAAGUUGCCAGAUGAUCUACCGUUUGAGGAUCUUUUAAUAACAUCCAGCAAAUUAUAUGACAAGUAUAGUUUGACCGUAAUUGAAAAGAAAGUGGAGGAACUUAUCAAAAUUGAGCAAGAACAACGUAAACUGGAGGAAGCGCGGAUUAAUUUGCGACGUUCAGUUUCUUCGAAAUCUAAUUAUAAUGUAAGUAAAUGGUUCUUAAAGAUCUUAACCCCAAAGUCGGUUAUGAUGACAACGGCUGUUUCGAUUGUUGUGGGCAUUUGUGCCUAUUACUACAAGAAUCAGUAUUUGGCUGCAGGUAUAAGCUGAGUCAGUGAGUAUUUCAGUCCAACUAUAUUUUAUGUAAUUCGUUCUGAGCCCAUUCAGCCUAAAUGCGGCUGUAUGCUUAAAAUUUGCCUUUAUUAAUUAGCUAAGCUGAACAUGCAUGUAAAAAUGUACAUACCCAAAGUAAGUACAGUGUGGAGCUCAAGAGCGUAUUUGAAGAACAUUGUAAAAAUAUUAAAGAAAAUUAUUUGAAAUAA